CACGGGCGCCUUGUCUGACUGCUCAGAAACUUCAAAUUUCUGUAUAAUACAAUUCGCGUCACGCAUCUUUUAUCGGAGUUCACAUUGCCCCAUCCCUCCUCUUUCCCUCAACUAUAUUUCUAUAAAUACCCUCCUCUGUUUCUCCCAUCUCUACAACUCAGCAUUCCUCUUCUUCUUCUUCUUCACCCUUCAGUAGUUUCUUGAAAAACACGCAGGAUGGGUGUCGUCACCUUUAACGAGGAAAUCACCACCGCUGUUCCUCCGGCCAAAAUCUUCAAGGCCCUUGUCCUUGAUUUCGACACCCUCAUCCCCAAGCUCCUCCCCCAGCACAUCAAGAACGUCGAGACCAUCCAUGGAGACGGGGGCCCUGGCACCGUCAAGCAGAUCAACUUCGCCGAAGGGAGCCAAUACAAGUUCGUGAAGAACAGAACAGAUGGAAUUGACAAGGAGAACUUCGCGUACAGCUACAGCAUAAUCGAAGGCGAUGCCCUGACGGAGAAGCUGGAGUGCAUAUCUUUUGAGAUCAAGUACGAGGCCGCCGGCGAUGGCGGCUCCGUCUGCAAGCGCACCGGAAAAUUCCACACCAAGGGGGAGGUGGAGAUCACAGAAGAGAAAAUUAAGAGCGGGAAAGAGCAGCUGCAUGGAAUGAUCAAGGCCGUCGAAGCCUACCUCUUGGCUAAUCCUGAUGCCUAUUAAUUAAUUAAUGCUUGCUUCAUUUUUCUCGAAUGUUGAAGGUGUGGAUUUUUUUCAUGUUUCUGUUUCUAGCCUGAGCUUGCUCUGGCUUGAAAAUAAUUGGAGUGAGAAGCUAGCAGUGUACUCAUGAAAAGCAAUUUCCAAUUUAAUAAUUAACUUUGAGAUUUUUUAUCUUC